AUGGCAGUUGAUGAACCCAAAGACCUUCUAGCAACUGAAGUACCAGAGCAACUUGCACCAAUCCUCGAACCGGAUCAGCUUCUAGGAGCUUUCGGAGGUCUUGAAAUUGUUGACGAUGUGAUCAACUACAAUUGCUCCCGAUUCCAUAAAGCUACCAACUAUGACCGGAAGUCUCCAGCGGUAUUGCUAGUCAGCCUUAAGACAGCCCUCUUUUAUGUUACAGAGCAAUCCUCCUUAUACACGUCAUCCUGUCUCCUCAAACUCGACCGCAUGCUCAUUGAACUGAUAAUCGCUCAAGGUCUCAAUCCAUCCUCUCCACCUCAGAAGAUAGCUUUUGAGCACACAGCUGUGCUAAACUCCCUGCCCAAGACCACCCAGACGGUCAUGCAACGGCUAGCCAUCGAGCCGGACCUUUUGUUCUUUGUUUGCUGUCCAAGUUGCUUCGCCACGUAUCCCGAUGGAUCCACUGGACCCGAGCGGUGUACUCAUCGUCUGCCUGAUGACAGCGAAGAAUCUACGGAACCUGAUGGGACUGGCGUGCGCGACAAGUCAAGGAAAAAGCCCUACUUAUGUGGCGAACUCGAAAUAACCUACUUGACAAAUUUCGGUCGAGUGGGAAAUCUUCGGGCUCUCUUACAAAGCGGAAAUCUGCCUGCUUCAUUAGAACCAUUCGUCCAACAGAUUCGGGCAUUAUACGAGCCGAUCCCGUUCGUCCCUCAAUCUCAAGUUCAACAUUGCCAGAGCUCGCUGGAGCACGAUAUGUUUUCGCACUUGGUGACCAGACUCAACGAGCUAUUCCCGCUCAAUAACUGCGAGUGGGUUCCAUCCGAUGAAUGGCACAAAGCCAAAUCAAAGAGCAAGUUAGCUCCUGUUAAUUCCCUUGUCCAGGUAGUUUCGAAUUUCAAACGAGGAGAAGAGAUCUUCAUGAGCAUGCAAAAAAGCAAAAAAAACUGUGCAGUUGCCCUGAAACCGGACGCCAAAAUCAAAUACGGAAUGAUUGACAAAAUAUUUGUACAUUCACGAACGCCUCCUGGUCUUCUACUUCAAACCGAUACCUGGUUGGCUGUCAAACCUCUGCAUCCUGUCCCCCGGACCAACAACCCAUUCGCCCAACUGAGUAAGUACGCCUUCGAUGUGUCCUUACGAACAUUGGAACAAAAUCCAAUCUACAUAGUUCAUUCCGACGAAGUACUGGCCCAUUGCGCGUGGCUGAAGUACCGGCCAGGUGAAUUAAACUCAAAGAUUACUUACGAGACAUAUGCGCUGGUUUGUCUUAACCGUUGA